CCAGCACACAGUAACUCUGAUCCUAAAAGAGAGCGAAACAAGGGCAGCCGCAGCCGGAAAGCGAACGCGAUUGGGGAAGAAGAAGAGAAGAAUCGAGAGAAGUGGUCGCCGGCCAUGCCUACCGGCUUUGUGUUCUACACCGGAUCGGGAUCCAUUACGUUUGAUUCUGAGUACGGAUUGUCCUGGAACCCCAGCCCUCCUAAACCAGCAAGGCGUUGCGGUCUCGUAGCUUCUGAAGAAAAUUUCAUGAAUUAUCUUACUGAAUAUGGAGUUGAUAACAUCAAAAGUGUUAAGCUGGUCGAGCCUAAAUUCCCCAAGAACUCUGCUGCAACGAGAUGCAAUAAUUUGCUAAGGAAAUUUGCAGAGCGUAUGUCUGAGUCUGAAAAUGCUGAAUACUACCGCAAGGCUCUGCUCAAGUAUUGUGGAGUUGAUAUUGACUACUAGUUGGUUUAUAAUUAGGAUUCAGAAUGAUGUAUUUAUGUAUGGUUGUGUCCCUGUUGCUACUAUUUGGCUUGUGAAUGAGUUUGGUGCAAUAUUAUCAUCCACUACCUACCUACCUCUGCCUAUGUUAAUGAUGAUGGUAAGUAUGUUCUACACCAAUCGAAAUCUCUCCCCUGUUUUUCACCUUCAUGUUCUUGCUCCUUCUGAAUUGAAGGAGUUCUGUUGGCUCCUCUUUUAUCCUGGACUCGGCCAUAGGAAAAAGGCUUGUUUUCUUUUGACAAAGGCCGGUGUACGUAACCUACCGCUGCCCGUCAUGUCUGGGAGAAAGAUAUUCAUAUACAUACCAGGUUUCGUGUUAACCUCACCAAAAUGAUGAGAGAGAGAGAGAGCAAAGAAUUUAGGCCAUGUUUGGAGGAUGUGAUUGUCCAAAUUGAUGUAUUGGUUCAAUUACUGUAUUAUGAUUUGAG